UCAAGACCAACCAACAUAAAACAUGCAAUAAAUGGACACCUGUUUUAGGUGUUGAAUUAAUGUAUGCUAGGGUUUCAUUUUCCAGAAGGGGCCUCUCUUCAACUUGAAGGCCACAUGUACAACAUCAGAAGCCUUGAGUACCAUCAUUCCACUUUCCCAAUUUUUUUUUGCAGUGUCAGAAAUCUGAAUGAACUUUUGACUUCAACUUCACUCUGAAUUUUUUUAUUUAUUUUAAUUAUUAUUAAUUUUCCAAGAAUAAAAAUACAAUUUCCAACUACAUAUGCCAGCAAAAAUGUCAUGUUUAAAGGCUUUUUUUCUCAAUAAAAAGUCAAGCAAAAAUUCAUGCAUAUAUAUUUAUUAUAGCUUCCAAAGACUACUACUUGACUAAUUUUCCACCAAUCAAUUAUAUUCAAAGGGAAUUAAAUACAAAUUCUUAAAAUAUUUAAUUUUUUGUUUUGUUAAUAAAUAAAAAGUGAUCUUUAAUUUUCUCCCUCCUCUAUAAAUACAACAUAAAAAAUAAAAAAAAAUAAAAAAAACCACUUAUAAAUCACAUUGUUUCUUACUAAGAAAAAUCAGACAUAUAAACAACAUGUCACAAAUCCCACUUUUGUGUGUGUUUCUGUUUGCUUUUCUUUCUCAAUCAAUUUGUCUAAGCAAACUCACACCAAAAAAUCAUGGCUCCAAAAUUAGGGGAAUGUUUGUUUUUGGAAGCUCCUUAGUUGACAAUGGCAACAACAACUUUCUUCCGAAUUCGAUAGCCAAGGCGGAUUAUUCACCUUACGGGGCCGACUUCCCUCUAGGACCUUCCGGAAGGUUCACGAACGGAAAGAAUGUGAUCGAUGUAUUGGGAGAAAAACUCCGACUUCCGAACUACAUUCCACCUUUUAAUGAUCCUUCAACAAAUGGAAGCAAAAUCUUGCAUGGUGUUAACUUUGCUUCUGGUGUUUCUGGCAUACUUGAUGAUACUGGUUCUUUUGCAGGCAAUGUGAUCAGUUUGAAUCAACAAAUCCGAAACUUCGAAUCGGCCACUAUACCAGCUUUCGAGCUGCAGUUAGGCGAAAAAAGCACGAAAAUAAUGUCGGAUUUCUUGUUUGUGGUUGGGAGUGGAGGAAAUGACUACUCAUUCAAUUAUUUCAGGGGCAAUAAUAACAGCACUCUUCAAGAUUUUACUGCAAAUUUAACCACCACUCUCUCUCUCCAACUCAAGAGGCUGUACAAUUUGGGUGCUCGAAAGUUCGUCUUGAUGGCGAUAAACCCGAACGGUUGUAGUCCAAUGGCUACGAGGUGGUUUCCGGGACGAGCCUGCUUACGAAAAUUAAACAAAGCAUCUCAUAUGUUUAACUCAAAUUUGAAGAAUUUAGUGGAUGCAGUUAGGCCUCAAAUGCCUGGUUCUAACCUUGUGUUUGUCAAUACUUACAAAGUUAUAAGGGAUAUUAUAAAAUCUCCUAGUACUAAAGGUUUUAGUGAUGUGAAAAGUCCAUGCUGUGAAGUGGGGCCCACAGGAGUUUUGUGCAAGAGAGGAGGGCUAAUUUGUAAAAACAGAAGUGAGUAUGUGUUUUUUGAUGGACUGCAUCCAACAGAAGCUGUGAAUUAUGUUAUUGCAAAUAAGGCUUUUAAAUCCAACCUUAAAGCUGAGGUUUAUCCUUUUAAUGUUAAGAGGCUUUCUCAAAUUUAUGUUUAGAGAGAGAGAGAAGAUAGCCCACGCGCCGCCCCCUCUAUUGUUUGUUUCUUCUUGUUGUAUGCUUUUCUCAAUUGCUAUUUCAUUAAUUCCAUAAUUUAAUAUUUCGGUAAAUUAAUAGAAUUUGUAAGCUCCAAC